AGCUUUUAAGAGAGAAGUGCCAACCAGUCAGAAUAUUUGAAUUACUUAUCAGUUGAGUAAUAUUUACCUUUUAGAAAAACUUGCAUCAUAUUUUAUUGAUAAAGGGGUCAUAAAUAGUAACUAAAUGCAGAGUGGCUUGUAUAUGUAGUGGCUUGAUGUAAAAGAACAUUAAUAUUAUUGCUCUCUCAAAAUGUUGAACAAUAACAAGAAUCGUAAGAACAUAAGUCAUGAAGAAAACACAGAUAAACAUGUGACCGCACCUGGUGAUGAAAGACAUGUUCUGAUUGACCAGUCAGACACAAGAAGAGAUGGACAUAUUGAGCAGUUUGAAUUGGAAACAAAAACUCACAACAAUGGUCCAGAUAAAAUGAAAAGCCGUAAAGUGCAAAUAUGUAUUUGCUUUGUUGUCAUCACCAUAAUUUUGGCCUUAGCAGCAGGCGUCGCCUUAUUGGUCACAGGAUCGACAGUACAAAUCCCGAAACUUUCUGUCUUAACACAUGAAGUGGACAACUCUGAUGAGAUGACCAAAAAUCAUGAUCUGAAAUCAUCUAAGAUCCAUAACUACAGAAAUAAAACCUUGAACAGUUCCACACAUGGAUAUAGUUAUUUGGUUGACGAUUCAUGGAUGAAAAACAGAGAAAAAAAUGCCACUAAGACCACAUCAGUUAUGUGUAGACUUUUCCCAGAUGUCCUCCCAAAAUUGUGCCUGCUUUAGAUUGUCAAGAUCUAAUCAACAAGAUUACACAUUUUGCUUGCUCUUAUACACAGUAUUAGAGAGUAAGGAAAGGAUGUGGUAGCCAUAGAAACAUAGGUCAUAAGUUCAAGAAUUGGACAGCUCAAACUAAAUUGUUCAAUUUAGGAAUAAAAUAGUACUUUACUAAGUAUGCACAUUUAGAUGCACAUUUAGAAAAUACAUUUGUCAAAAAUGAUGUUUAUGAUAUGCUAUAUUAGAUAUUGUAUAAAGUAAAAUAAAAUGAAUAAAAUGAUAUUACAAA